UCAGCAACGCAACACCGGUGUGCAGAAAGUGAACUGAAUAUUGAUAUUCUGUGGCUUGGAUUUCAGAAAGGAUGGAGCUGAGAACAUUACUGCUGUGUAUUGCACUGUGUGUGAUUCAUGCCUCUAGUAAACCAAUGGAGAAGAAGGACCGUGUCCAUCAGGAGGUUCCUCUCAGCAGCAAGGAGCAUCAUGAUGAUGAGAAUUUUGAUUAUGACCAUGAGGCUUUUCUCGGCCAGGAGGAGGCUAAGACAUUUGACCAGCUAACUCCAGAGGAGAGCAAAGAGAGACUUGGUAUCAUUGUUGAUAAGAUAGAUGAGGACCAUGAUGGCUUUGUUACUGUUGAGGAGAUGAAGAACUGGAUCAAGCAUGCUCAGAAGCGCUGGAUCUACGACGAUGUAGAUCGGCAAUGGCUGGCUCACGAUCUCAAUUCUGAUGCUUUUGUGUCCUGGGAGGAGUACAAGAAUGCUACAUAUGGCUACAUUCUUGAUGAUUCAGAUCCAGAGGAUGGGUUUAACUACAGGCAGAUGAUGACCAGAGAUGAGAGACGCUUUAAAAUGGCAGACGAAGAUGGUGAUUCGCUGGCAACUAAAGAAGAGUUCACAGCCUUCCUUCAUCCAGAGGAGUAUGAUUAUAUGAAGGAUACUGUAGUCUUGGAGACCAUGGAGGACAUUGAUAAAAACGGAGAUGGAUUUAUCGAUCUAGAUGAGUAUAUUGGUGAUAUGUACAGUCAGAAUGGAGACUCGAAUGAGCCAGAGUGGGUGAAGACAGAGAGGGAGCAGUUCACAGAGUUCAGGGAUAAAAACAAAGAUGGGCGCAUGGAUAAAGAGGAAACGAAAGACUGGAUUCUGCCGUCUGACUACGACCAUGCAGAGGCUGAGGCCAAACAUCUGGUUUAUGAAUCUGAUUCAGAUAAGGAUGAACGACUGACUAAGCAAGAGAUUGUGGAUAAAUACGACUUAUUUGUUGGAAGUCAAGCAACAGAUUUUGGAGAGGCCCUAGUAAGACAUGAUGAAUUUUAAGCUCUGAACUGCUGCAUAUGAAGAAAAAUUGACUAUAUUUAUUUUAUGAUUCCUUGUAUGGGAUCGCAACCUUCCAACACUAAAUGUUUACAGUAAGUUUUCUAGUUCUGGAAAUAGAAAUGAUCCACUGUUAGUUAACUUUUAUGUUAGAUGUUUUACUUUUAUUCCUAGUUAAUAACUGCAUAACUUACUGUGUAUGGUAAAUGUACUAUUCAUUAAGAGAGUUCAUGUUUAAGCGUUUAUAUGAGUGUUUAUAUACUGUAUACUGUAUAUGUAUAGUAUGUGGAAACCCCCUAUAAUUACUGAGCUCAGGUUAUUCAGCCACUAAUCAAGUAUAUAAAGUGAAUAUGUUUUUUAAUUUUUGAAAAAAAAUACUUCCUUCCUGUUGCUGUAUGACCGUACCUCAGUGCACAAAGCGAGCUCCAUAAAGACAUUGUUUGACCAGUUUGGUGUUAGGAAACUCCUUCACAUAGCCUUCACUUUAACCUCAAUGGCUGUAUGGACACGUUCCCUCAGACAAAUAAGCAGCAGUAACUCAGUGGUUAAAGUGCUAGACUAGCAAUUAAAAGGCUGCUGGUUCAAGCUCUACCACUGCCAGGUUGGCCCUUCAAACCCUUGAGCAAGGCCCUUAACCGUUCCAUUGCUUGGAUUGUAUAUGGUCACAGUAAGUUGCUUGUAGAAACAAUGGAGCCAGUAAUAUUCGCAAUAGGAGAGAGGGCUGUGGGACUCCAUAUUAAUGGCAAUGAUUUAAGAAUAGGAUGUCCAUUAAGCUGGUUAGUUUGACCACAUAAUCACUGUUUGAAAAUUGUGGGGGUUUUUUAAGUAUAUGAAAGUGCUUCUCAACCUUUGAGUUAAGUAUUGAGAAUUACCAUUUUAUAUAUAUGGAGUGCCUCCCAUACCCAUGACGACAUGAAUAAAUGUUCUUUCUAUUUGAUGUGACCGUUAUAGGUAACAUGUUAACCAGCAUGGGUGGGAAUUUGAUGGCAAGUAUGUUGACCCCUCUUGUAAUUAUUUAGAUAUUUCAGCCAAGUACCUCUCAAAUUUAUGGCAGCUGUUUGGGGAAAUUGACUCUGUUCCAGUGUUUACUAAAGGAAAGCGAGGUCCAAUUUAAAUAGUUGGUGUGCCGAGCCUUGACCUCAGCCCAAUUAAAAACCUCUUGAUGAAAUGGAAUAUAGAUUAUAGGAAUAUAGGAAUACAGAUUCCCACAGAAAAGUGGAAGCUAUAAUAAAAAUGGGAAGGUUUAACUCCAUAUCAAUGACAAUGCUUUUGGAUUGGGAUGUCCAUGGUCAUGGUCGGGUGUCCAUAUACCUUUGGCCAUUGUGAAUGUGUAAACAGUAUUAUUGAAUUUAUAUGUCAAGGAUUUUUUUUACUUUAGCUUUAUAUAGGAAAGUGGCAUUCUGUGGAACUAGCACAUCUUGUAGAUUGUUUUUUUUAAUCUUGGGGUGGGGGGAGGGAUUUUUGUGGGGUGUUUACAAUUUUGAGCCCUUUAAAUUGACUGAAAAAGGUGAGAACAAUGUGGAUGUUGUACGAAACUAUUAUGUUUGGUAAUGUUUGAUGCAUGUUGUAAAAUCAGAUGUAGGAUUGUUAGUGAAAGUAAUAUUUUGAAAGUUGAAAUUGCCUUGACACUACGGUAAACUAUAGAGAAUAUUUUUAUAAAAACUCAUUGUUUGUAUGCAAAAUAUACUUACUGAUCACUUUAUUAGGUACACAUUUCAGCUACAUUCAUUCUUUACCUGUAUUUAAUGGGACAUUCCUCCCCCUCAUAGGACCCCUACUGACCAGCUGUUGUUUGAGUGGUGGACCGUUCAUAGCACUGCAAUGACACAAACAUGGUAAUGACACUGUUGUGUGUGCUGUAUUAGGUGCAGCAGUGUUGUUGGCAUUUAAACAUCUUAAUGUCAAUGCUGGCGCAAGAAUAGUGCUCCAGCCAAAAAAAUUACAGUCAACAGCAUCCUGUAUCAGAAAGGGUCCACUAAUAAAAGACUAGAGGAUGAUUAACAAACAGUGUGCAUGAAAAAAAGAAAAUGGUUAACCCACAACGAGUACUAACAUGGUAUGUGCUCUUAAUAAACACACCCUACCAUGCCCGUGACAUUGCAGUGACUGGAAUGGUCCACUACCCAAACAACAUCUAGUCAGUGGAUGUCCUAUGUUUGUCUGUUUUUGACUGAUAAAUCAAAAUGGUACAGGGUUGUGAUGAACAGAGUAACAAGGGCAGUCAGUAAGUGUGUUCCAACAAAUUCAUCUAUGGUAAGUGCAGCUUAUAAAACAAGCAAUGUAUGUACAUACCACAUAGGUGUACCUAAUAAAGUGCUUAGUGUAAGUGUGUACCAGCAAUAACCACUACCAUACCACACACAGUCCUGCAGUAAUAGAUUAAUGCAGUAAUGGAGAUAUUGGUCCUUGCACUUCACAAUUUACUGAUGUAAAUUAUGUGUUUGCUUUCCCCAAAGUGCCUUGUCUUCCUUUUUUUUUUUUUUUUUUUUUUUUUUUUUUUUUUUUGUCUGUAUGGAUGCUUGAACCCUAGCAGACCUCUCACUUUUGAAUACCCUGUACAUAGUGUUUGUUAAACAUCACGUUGUACAUUGUGUGUAGUCUGUCAGUGUAAAUACAGAACAGGUUCUUCAGAGAAGCUUUUUACAAUAAAAUAUGUCUAAAAGAA